AUGCCAAACGGACGCUGUUCUGCAUCCACAACAUGCAACUCCUGUCUCCAGUCAUCCAAGUGUUUAUGGUGUUACACCAACGACACCUGUACGGAUUACCCCGUGAGCCACCUGCUCCCUUCCUCAGCGGAAUGCAAGCUGUCCGACGCGCGCUGGGGAGUCUGCUGGGUGAACUUUGAGGUCCUGAUUAUCACCAUGGCAAUGCUGGCAGGGAGCAUCCUAAUCGCCAUUUCUGUAUGCUGCUGUUGGUGCUGCUGCUGUAGGAGAUGUCGUUCAGGGCCAGACCAAGAUGAGGAACAGUUCACCAGGAGGAGAGAGGAGAUCAGACAGCGUGCUGAAGAGCGGACCGGGGAGAGAAAGAACCGGCAUGAGGAUAUCAGGAGGAAGUAUGGUUUGAUGGCCGAUUCCAGCAGCAAGUACAGCAAGCUUGAGGAAUGAGUAAAUCAAUAGGGUGGGAGAGUGGUACACACACACAUACAUAAAUACAUGUAUGCACACACACCAGGAAAUGUUUCUGACUACCCUCACUGACCUUAAGUUCUUAAUUUUAGCUUAACCAUGAUUCAAUUUGAAUAGUUAUACAAAGACGUAAUUUAAAGUAAAAUCCUACUUUUGAACGUAUUGUAUUGACCAGACAUGGAUUGUCAUUGUAACAUAAUCUUAAAGAUAAAUGAAGAAGAAAUACAUUUUCUGUGUGCCUUGAAGUGAAGCAGUAUUAGCACUGAUUGUAUUUUGUUUUUAAACAUUCUUUGUCUCUUUUCUUCUAUUAGCUGUUAUGUUACAGCCUGUGUUCAGAUCUGUUGUCAGUUUCGUGUGAAGCUGCAGAUAACCAUACUUUAUUCAAAUGUUCAGCGAUUCAGGAAGUACUGAAUGUUGGCCCUUCAUGAUUGGAUUGAAUUAUUAAGUGAAACCAAAUAGAAAUUCUGGGUGAUUAUCAGAUCUGGCAAACCCCAGACGUAGACUAGAACAACAGGGUAGAUGUGAAUACAUCUUUGCAAUUCAAACAUAUAUUGUCAAAUAUUCUUAUAAGUCUCCGUUUUGUUUUGCAUAUACAAUAAAAGUGUAUAUUAAAACGAC